AAGUAUCUGUAAAUCUAUUUCCUGUCGAUGGGCGCUUGUAGUGUGCACACAGCGUUACAGGCUUACCUCCUUGCAAGUAAACUGCCAUGAUCCAGCCAUUCCACUUUCAAACUACAAAGCUGUACAGACUCGUAGUGAGGUGGUCCGCCUACCCGUCUCCGGCACUCGCUCGAGAGAGUGCCAUGGAGAACUUAAUGCAGUCCUUUCCGGAGCGGGCCUAUGAUGUGACGAAUUGGAUAGAAGCUCUGAUGGGUGUUUGCUGCUGCUUGAUCACAAGGAAAACCUUGGAGCUUCAAAGUGAAGAGGUGGUUCUUCGCACGCAGAAUUGCUGCUGCAGCAGCUCGCAGCGGCGACCCUACGCUCAGCUGACCCUGCUGGAGGAAAGAUCGUUGUGCUGUGGAACCUGUGCGCAGAUCAACUCGGAUUUAGCCCCUGUGAAUGACAAGGGUGAAGGCGGCAUUGUUCCCGGCUGCGGCUGCUCCAGUCAGCUCGUGCGUGAAAUCGUUCACGAGCUGAACUUGAGGAAGGAUGGUCGCGGGAAAGUCGCCCAGAUGAGGCAACAGAAGUUCAUGUUGGAGAAGAUCAGCAAGAUGGCGAUCCAGUUUCCAGUCCUGUUGACUCGUUUGGGGGGUGCAAUACCCUCCAGAUGA